GAAGAGCGAGUACGCGUGUUUGCACGGUGGGGGCAUGCAGAAUUCGGAAAGACACAAAAGUGGGUGUUUCUAAAAUAAAAGCCAUGCAAACUCUCAAGAAUUUCCCGGUGACUUCAGAUCCAAGGAGGUGGUCAGAGUUGCAGGAAUAAAAUUCAAAGUGCGAGACGAGGACUGCUCGAGCAAAGAAAAGAAGCAGCAGCGCUCCUGUGUAAGCUAUAUGCGAGGUGGAAUAGGGGGGCUCAGAGAUUUCUUGGCCAGCAGUGCGACAGGCGGUCCGAGAGUAACCUGCCGGCGAGUGCACACCUGUUAAAGUACAGCCACGAGACUGCAAUUCAGCCUACAGUGCCCGGCUUCCUUCUUAGCGAGUGGAUAACAAUUAAACAAACAGCCUCGCGGACUCCUUUACAAUCCGUGAAUGUGACACUUGGUGAAUUAUGAACAGUGAAAGUCAAGCUUACCAGCACACGUAUUGUAUUCUGGUCUUCUGUUAAAACGGCCACUGGGCUCGUAUGCAGGUCCUUCGACAGCGAAGAAGUGCUUGCAGCUGAAAUUUGUUUAGAGUUGGAUAACGAGGGCGCGCUCUUUAAUAAACGUCUGGAAAGCUCCAAAAAUGUGGCGACUUGAAACCUUUGUUAUAGCUGUUCUGGCCGGCGUUGCGCUUUCGCCGACAGCCGAUUCUCAGGGAACACGCGCCGGCGUGGACAGGGCGCGAGCUCGAUCCUGGCAGCAAGAGAGCCGAGUAGCGGCUCGCGAGUUGGGCGCUCGUAACAGCGGCAGCCUUAAUGUCACCGGACGCAACGCUCAGGAGCCGGCAAAGACACACGGCAGGGAUACCGUGGGGCAGGGAACCCCAGCGUACAACCGACAAGGAGGAGUGACUCCCCGGAGUGAUGCAGAGAGCAGACUGAGGAGCGCGUCUCCUAGACGCCUCGCAGGGCCUAAUGUCUGUGGAGGACAUUGCUGUUCAGGAUGGGCUGUAGCUCCUGGUUCAAACAGAUGUAUAAAGCCUGACUGCAACCCUCCGUGCCAAAAUCGUGGCUCAUGCAGUCGUCCACAGACAUGUGUUUGCCGCUCUGGCUUUCAAGGUUUUAGAUGUGAGGAAAAGGCCCCCGAACAGGUAUAUAUCCCUUCAGGCACCUCACGAGUGCUCCAGCCAGUCCGGCCAGCUUCAGCCCAUCUUGACAGAAGAAAACUGGAAGCCAGCGUACGAGGAAAUUUGACUAGAAACAGAAGUGAAAGCAUCCCAAAUUCCAGACAUAAACCUGCAUCCACAAGCCAAGUUCCUUCCACGAGUCAGAGCAAAAGAGUCCAACCUGAUUCCUCACCUCAACUAACAGGAUCUUCCCGUACUGUCAAAAGAUUCCCAUCUGGACAAAUCACUUCAAAUGCCUUACCCAAUGGCCAGACAUACAAUGGUCUAAAGCAUGUUGCCAUCAAACAAGAAGAGGAAAAAGUUAGCAAUGCUGUGGCACCGAAAGGGUCCAACCUGACAGCUGGCAUUGACCGAAUAAAGAUUGUUUUCACCCCCAUGAUCUGCAAGCAAGUCUGCAAUAAUGGACAUUGCUACAACAACUGUGAAAAGGGCGAUACCACAACUGUUUACAGUGAAAAUAGCCAAAGUCAAAAUCAAGACUCCAAAUCAGGCUUUCGCCUAUACUUCUGCCAGAUUCCUUGUAUGAAUGGUGGACGCUGUAUCGGAAGAGACCACUGCUGGUGUCCAUCUAACUCCACAGGGAAGUUCUGUCACCUUCCAGCUCUUCGUCCUGACAAACAACUAGCACUAAGAAAGGAAAGCAACCGGCCUACUCAGAAUACAUCCUUUUCUCACUCCAUGUUUACAUUACCACUUUCAAAUCAACUAGCUUCUGUGCAUCCAUCCUUGGUAAAUGUACACAUACACCACCCACCGGAAACUAAAGUGCAGAUCCACCAAGUAGCCAGGGUAAAACCAGAGCCUCCAAGGACAGACCAAAAUAGCCUUGAAGGAGUGCAGUUGAUUCAUUCUGUGCAGCAGAGGACUCAGUUAUCCAAAGGAGCACAACAAGGAACAGAAAACAACUCCAUUAAUGGCAACAGCGUCAUUGGAAAUGGAGGUGGUUCUUCAAGGCAGCAGAACAGGCUCAAUAGCUAUGUUGGGAGAUGUUUUCAAGAAACUGUUGAUGGCCAGUGUGGUAAACCUCUUCCUGGUCUGACUAAGCAGGAUGAUUGCUGUGGCAGUAUUGGAAAAUCCUGGGGAUUGAACAAGUGUACGGAGUGUCCUCCCAAACCAGCAAAUGCAGUGAUUGAAAAUGGUCACGUGAAGUGUCCAAAAGGUUACAAGCGGAUGAACAGCACCCACUGUCAAGACAUUAAUGAAUGCCUGAUGCCUGGAAUCUGUAAAAACUCUGAGUGUUUGAAUACUCGAGGUAGCUACAGAUGUACCUGCAAACCUGGCUUUAUGUUGGACGUUGCAAGAAGCCACUGUGUCUCGGAAAAAGCAAUAUCUCUGGUACAAGACAGGUGCUACCGCUCAGUAUCUGGGGGAACCUGUUCCCUACCGCUGGCUCAAUCCCUUACGAAGCAGAUCUGUUGCUGUAGCCGUGUUGGCAAAGGAUGGGGCAAGAGUUGUGAACGAUGUCCGCUGCCCGAUACAGAUACGUUUAAAGAGAUCUGCCCAGCUGGCCAUGGCUACACAUACUCUCGGUCAGAAAUUCAGCUUUUAAUGAGGCAAGUAGAAGAAGAAGAGCUAGAAAAGAGUUCUGUUCACCAAGGCAAUACUGAUGAGUCAUCUCGGAGGGUUGAGAAAGAGCAUGAAGGUUCUACAUCAGUUAAAAAGACCAUUACUGCUACAGAAACCUCAUCCAAACAUUCAGGUGUCAUAGAGAAGGCUACUCCGCAGUCGCCUGUUCAACUGUACCCAGAUUCCUCAGUAGUGGACAAAGCUUCAAUUAAUGUAGCGACCCAGAUUACAGAGAUUGACCGGUGUUCUGCACAUCCUCACAUUUGUGGUCCUGGUACUUGUGUCACCGUGCAAAAUGGGUACACAUGUUACUGUCAUAUUGGAUAUCAGAUGAACACACUGCAGACUCAUUGUGUUGAUAUCAAUGAAUGUGAGAAUGCUCCUUGUGAAGGAAAAGGAAGAUGUGUGAACACUGCAGGCUCUUACACCUGCUACUGCUACUCUGGAUAUAUACAGGUCAUCACACAAAAACGGAGGUCUUGUCAAGAUGUCAAUGAGUGUGAGCAGCCUAAUAUUUGCCCUGGACAUCAUUGUAUAAACACUCUAGGCUCCUAUAGUUGUGAGUGUGCACAGGGAUAUUUGAAGUCAAGGAGAGGACACUGUGAGGAUGAAGAUGAAUGUCUUAUUGACAAAAUUUGUGAAAAUGGAACCUGUGUCAACCUGGAAGGGUCUUAUUUCUGCAGCUGCAAGCUUGGAUAUGUAGCAACUCAGGAUGACAAGAACUGUCAAGAUGAAGAUGAGUGCCUAACUGCAGGAAUCUGCAUCAACGGACAGUGUAUCAAUGUGGAUGGCUCUUACAGAUACAUCAACGAGUGCUUGAGAAGUGAAACCUGCCUUAAUGGCAUGUGCACCAAUGUGGAAGGAUCCUAUUUGUGUUCAGACUGUAAACCAGGGUACAAGAUUUCAGAAGAUCAUCUAAAAUGUGAAGAUAUCAAUGAAUGCACGCUUCCAGACAUCUGUGCAGGUGGAGUCUGCACCAAUACGGAGGGCUCUUUCUCUUGCUUCAAAUGUAGAAAAGGGUUCCGUCUUUCUGAAGAUAAAAAACGCUGUGAAGAUAUUAACGAAUGUGCAGUCUACAAUAUUUGUCCCAGAGGUCUGUGUGCUAAUACAGUGGGUUCCUACUCUUGUAUGGCUUGUCCUCAUGGGCACAGAUUAUCUGCAGAUAGACAGCAAUGUGUAGAUAUUGAUGAGUGCCUCUUGUCAAAUGUAUGCCCGGGUGCAGCUUGUGUGAAUACUGAUGGCUCGUACUCAUGCGUCAGUUGCGAUGCUGGUUAUAGACUCUCUGCUGACAGCAAGAGCUGUGAAGAUAUAAAUGAAUGUGAAGAUGGCAACACUUGUUCAGGGGGAGAGUGCACUAACUCCCCAGGGUCUUACAGCUGUUCAUGUACUCAAGGAUAUGAACUCAUUGGUGGCAUUAUGUGCAUAGAUGUGAAUGAGUGCUUGACACUGGAUAUCUGUGGACCUAAUGGAGAAUGCAUGAACAACCAAGGUUCCUACUUCUGCCUCUGUGUUGCUGGCUAUACCACAAGCACUGAUGGGAUCAGUUGUCAAGAUGUCAAUGAGUGUGAGGAGCCUACUACAUGCUCAAGAGGCCAGUGUCUGAACAUUGGUGGGUCAUACCAGUGCAUCUGUGAUGCGGGAUUUCAGUUUUCAGAGGAGACUAAAGAUUGUGAAGAUAAGGAUGAAUGUAUGGAGUAUGGCAUUAACAUCUGUGGCACGUGGCGCUGCGAGAAUACCAUCGGCUCGUACAGGUGCUUUAUGGGUUGUCAGAAUGGAGAAACAACUGGAGAUUGUGACAUUGAUGAGUGUGUUAAUAAGACCAUCUGUGGUAGCCAUGGCUUCUGCGAAAACACUGAUGGCUCCUACCACUGUGUGUGUGAUCAAGGCUUUCAGAACUCUCCAGGGACUUCAGCAUGUGUCGAUAUGAACGAAUGCGAGAGUUUCACUGCAGUGUGUGGCUCAGCUUUUUGCGAGAAUGUAGAGGGGACCUUCUUGUGCCUCUGUCCCUCUGACAAUGAAGAGUUUGAUCCCCAGACCAACCAGUGUCGCAACAGGAUCAUGACAGAAGAGCCCAAAAUUCCCAAAAUACCUGGUGCACCCCCAGCAGGAGAAGAAGAGAGAAAGGAGUGCUACUACAAUCUGAACGACCCCAGCUUCUGUGACAGCGUCCUGUCAGGAAACACCACCAAGCAAGAAUGCUGCUGCACUGUGGGUGAAGGCUGGGGAGACAACUGUGAGACACACCUGUGCCCCAUUGUGGGAGGUGCCGAAUACAAUGAACUUUGCCCAAAAGGGAACGGUUUCCUUGCUGUGGAUGGCAGUGCCUUUGGCUUAACACAUCCACUGUACAGCGAUGCUGAUGAAUGCUUCCUUUUUGGAUCUGAGAUUUGUAAAAAUGGAGUGUGCAUAAACACAGUCCCAAGAUACAGGUGCAUCUGUCGUGAUGGAUUUUACUAUGAUACAGUUCAUUUGGAGUGUGUGGACAAUAAUGAGUGCGAGCAUGAGGACGUCUGCGAGGAUGGGGAGUGUGUCAAUACACCCGGUUCAUAUAACUGCUUCUGCAGUCCUCCUCUUAUUCUGGAUGUAACUAGGAGACGAUGUGUCAACUCCAGCUUUACCACAGACUUGGAAGGAACCAUACAUCUGGACAUCUGCUGGAAGGAGCUGAUUGACGGAUACGUGUGCUCGGCCCCCCAACUGCAAAGACAGACCACGUUUACAGAAUGCUGCUGCAUGUAUGGUGUGGCCUGGAGUAAUAACUGUGCCCUCUGUCCCACACCGACCUCAGAGGAAUAUGCAAUGGUAUGUAAUCGAGCAGUGGAUGGCCUAAGAGAGCGGCCCGGCUAUGAAUACGGACCAGAUAUCCCUUUUUAUGGCUACAAUGUGAAUGAACCAGCAUACGGACCACCCGAACUGCAUACUGGACCUUUCUAUCCUGCCAGACACCCUGACCGUGAAUAUUCUUCCCCCAGAGUGCCCAGCGGUCACCCCAGACAAUACAAUCCUCCACUGAUAAACACCUUUCCUGAUCGAUAUGAUGGAUUUGAAGGAUUGCAGGCAGAAGAAUGUGGGAUUUUAAAUGGCUGUGACAAUGGCCGCUGCGUCAGAGUGCGUGAAGGGUACACUUGUGACUGCUUUGAUGGAUAUGAACUUGACUUGACUAAAAUGGCUUGUCUUGACAUAAAUGAAUGUAAAGACAUCAGCGACCGCAUUCCACUCUGCAAGAAUGGCAAGUGUGAGAAUACAGAGGGCUCCUACCGAUGCGAGUGUCUGCCGGGAUUCGUCGCCUCUGCUCAUCCAGAUCAGUGCAUUCCCAGCCCACCAAAGCCGGGAGCAGAGCAGUGAAGUGCUGGACGGGCGCCUGAUCUCAGUUUAGAGACACAACUGGAAACCCACAGACUGACAGGAAGUGAAGGGGAAGAAUCAGCAAAGCACUUGAAGGUCACUACAUGUACAUGCAGACCAUUUAUUACAUGCAAUGUGUAAGACUGCGCUUUAGAAGGGAUGUUUUGUUAAAAACCGGAGUGAAAAAACAAAAAAGGUAGAUCUGUACAAAUUCUAGAGGCACCGUUUGCUGUGACUGUGCAUACGAGUUAGACUGCUGCCAAAUACAGAACAAACAAGUCUCAUUUAAUAUAUUUGUUACUGUUAAUCAAAGCAAACAUUAAAUUAUUUCCCGAAAAAGAAAAACGUAAAGCCGGCAUGAACUUUGAUGUAAAGCUCUUUGUGAGUCACGACUGGACAGGAUUUGAAUGAUGUGUGUGCAGCUUGUGUGUUAACUGAGCAGCUGAAAGUCGGGUAGGAUAAAAGGAAGGCUAAAACAUAAAACGUUUUGUCCAGCAAGCACUGCCCACCAUUUAAAGCCCCUAGAAGAUGUGCUUCUGCUAAAGUAAAGAAAAUAAAGAAACUAACAGCCAAACCACAAAACAAUUGCGGCUCCCAGAUCCUGUGCAGUGCAUUCCUGUGGGCAGAAAUGGUAAGAGAAUUGCAGCGAUACUCGACCUCCGUCCUCACAACUGUAAGUUUGGAGAAGCAAAACAAAAAUCUCAAUGCUGUGUACAGAGUCUGUAUUUUAUUUUUAAAGGUUUUGUUUUUCUGUAUUUUGAUAUAGACCAAUUGAAUCUUAACCAUUCCAUGUUGUUCCUUUUAAAUCAAAAUGCAGGUUAGGGCUGUUUUGUUUGAUAUGCAACAUGUAAGUGCAUCGUAUUUUAUUUUAGUUUAUUUUUUUUACUUAUGUAAAUGGUUGCUUUAACAUAUGUGUUGCUUAAACAAAAUGUGCUUUUACUUUGUGCUGUAGAAAUAUAAAAUAUCCUGCCCUGUGGAGCAGACCACAGUACUUGCUAAAAGGGAGUUGCUGUCCAGACCUCUCGGCCAUUUCUUGGCAGGCACACCACUUGUAUUUUUGAACAGAGACAAUUAGGCGCUCGUCAUUUGAUCAUAAACUCGGUCACGAAGGGUCCAGAUACGCCAACAAGGUCACGGCUAUGAGAGCAGGGCGCAGCUCUGCAAGAAAUCUGGUUCUGGAGGCAAAGAAUCACAUAUAGUCAAUCAACGUUACAGCCUGUGGACAGCCACCAUGAUGUAAAAAAGAAAAAAAUGGGAGAAAUGACGGUGUGUGUGUGUGUGUGCGUCAUAAAACGAGCAGUGGGACUCUCAACCCCAUCUUUUUUUCUGUUCACAUUUACUUUGAAGACGCUUCUUUCAUGUUACUGAAAAUCCUGUGUUAAUUGUGAGGUUCUGUCAGGCUGUCCUGAGAAGACAUGUGCCACCCCGAAGGCAGGCUGUCAUCUGUUCACAGUCCAAGUCACCAGCACAGCUUUAAAAUGACUUCCUUCAAAUUUACCCCAUGGAUAUUUUCACCUUGCUAAAGCAGUAAGAAGUUUAUCAUCUUUUGCCAACUCUAAAAAUGGAAAGGAAAAAAUAUUAAAGGUGUGCUGGCUCCAUCUGCCUUAUUUAUGAACAGUUGCCUUUAUGAAGUUAGAAGUUGUGGGCAGGAGUUUCCCCUAAAUGCCUUCACGUCUCCCUUGAGGUGCACAGUAGCCAUUCUUUGUCAUCAAAAUAAAGAUUCUUGAUUUUCCA